CCAUAUUAAAAAGCUUCAUUUUGCUCUACAUUUUAGUUUCUUUCCUACUGAUUUAGUGUAAUAAUUUCUUUAUUUCCUUAUGAUAGGCUUAUACUUUUAUCCAAAGCACAUGCAUAGCAUACGUAGCCUACAUCCCAAUUCUUAGGCCAGUAGCUGAAACUAACAGUUCUGGGAAAGUUUGUCCCACCUCUUGGGUUUCAAAUACAAUUGUAUUUGUCACAUGCGCUGAAUACAACAGGUGUAGACCUUAGUGUAAAAUGCUUACUUACAAGCCCUUAACCAACAAUGCAGUUAAGAAAAUAAAUACUAAAUAAAAAAAGUUACACAAUAAAUAACAAUCAUGAGGCUAUAUACAGUGGGUAGUGGUACCGUGUCAAUGUGCGGGGGUACAGAUUAGUCGAGGUAAUUUGUACAUGUAAGGUGACGUGACUAUGAAUGGAUAAUAAACAGCGAGUAGCAGCAGUGUAAAAACAAAAGGGGAGAGGGGGUGUCGAUUGACUAAAUUAAAAGUUUGGGCAGUUUCCUGGACUUUCUGACUGGCCGCCGAGGUGGUGAAGGUAGGAAACAACAUCUCCACUUCACUGACCCUCAACACUGGGGCCCCACAAGUGUGUGUGCUCAGCCCUCUCCUGUACUCCCUGUUUACCCAUGACUGCGUGGCCAUGCAUGCCUCCAACUCAAUCAUCAAGUUUGCAGACGACACAACUGCAGUGGGCUUGAUCACCAACAACCACGAGACAGCCUACAGGGAGAUGAGGGCACUCGGAGUGUGGUGUCAACAAAACAAAGGAGAUGAUCAUGGACUUCAGGAAACAGCAGAGGGGAGCUGCUGUGUGGAUCAAGCAGUCAUUUGAAAGAGUAUGGCGGUGUCUGUGCGUGGGCUGUACUUUGUGGUGACCCUGUUUCUGGGAAGUUUCUUUGGCAGCAUCUUCAUGCUGGGCCCUGUGCUACCUCUAAUGCUGCUGUCACCCUCCUGGUACCGCUGGAUCACAGACCGUAUCGUGGCCACCUGGCUCACCCUGCCCGUGGCCCUGCUGGAGCUGGUGUUUGGGGUGAAGGUGGUGAUCACGGGUGAUGGCUUCAUCCCAGGGGAGCGCAGUGUGAUCAUCAUGAACCACCGGACGCGUCUGGACUGGAUGUUCCUGUGGUGUUGCCUGCUGAGGUACAGCUACCUGCGACUGGAAAAAAUCUGCCUCAAGGCCGCCCUCAAAGGUGUGCCAGGCUUCGGCUGGGCCAUGCAGGUGGCCUGCUUCAUCUUCAUCAAGCGUCGGUGGGAGGAGGACCGCAGCCACAUGGAGAACAUGCUAGAGUACUUCUGUGACAUCAGAGAGCCCCUGCAGCUCCUCCUCUUCCCUGAGGGCACUGACCUCACCGACUACACUAGAGCAAGAAGUGAUGACUUUGCGGAAAAGAACGGCCUACCUAAGUUUGAGUAUGUGCUGCACCCCCGCACCACUGGAUUCACCUUCAUCGUGGACACUCUCCGCAAAGGAGACAACCUGGAUGCCGUCCAUGACAUCACCGUGGCCUACCCCAAGAACAUCCCUCAGACGGAGCGCCACCUGAUCCUAGGGCAGUUCCCCCGGGAGAUCCACUUCCAUGUGCGCCGCUACGAGGCCUCCGCCCUGCCCACAUCCCCUUCCGCCCUGCAGGCCUGGACUCAGGAGCGCUGGGCAGAGAAGGAGGUCCGCCUGAGGGACUUCUAUGCCGCUGAGCCCCGGGGCUUCGACAGGGAGGGCAUGUGCCGCGUGCCACCUUGUAAGACGGAGCUCCGCGUGGCUCUGAUCAAGGCAGCAUCUCUGUUCUACUGGAGCUCUUUCAUAGCCUUGUCCUUCGCAGGCCUCUGGCUCUGGGCCCCGCUCCGUCUGUACUUCUUAGUGAUGAUGGGUGUCUACUUCGGCCAGCAGAAGCUGAUAGGAGGGCUAGAACUACUGGAGCUGGCCUGUCAUCGCUACUGGAAGUCUGUGACUGGGGACGAGAAGGAAAAGGUGGUGGACGGGAAGAAGAAGAAGGAGUGAGGAGGAAGGGACGGCAGGAGGCUAACGUUUCUGCAGUGUUCAGUGGGGAUGCUAGGCCUGAGUCCACAGUUGGGCUUGGUGCAUAUGCUGGAGGGUCAUGGGCAAUCUCCCUCACUUCACAGGGAGUGAAGGGUGAACCGGCAGGCAAUGUGCAUGGCUUCUUGGGUGAGCUAACCUCACGGCUGAGGUUGCAGAAAAAAAACACAGGAAAGAAUGAAUGUUGUUCUUCUUGCUGGCUUGCUGGGGUCAUAGUAGCUCAUCACAGCCAUUACGCUGUAAAGCCUUCAUGUGUCUAACUGUCUAGCACCUUUGCUGUCUACAAUUAAGAGGACUAUCAUUGGUCAUCCUUUUUGUUCUUAUGUUUAUAUUUCGUAUCGUUCUAGAACCAGUGUCCAUACCUGUGUAUGAGUUUCACAAUAAUAUACAGAAUAUUAUGUCUUAGCCAUGUGUUUUUAAAUUGAUUUUAUUAUUGUUUUGCGUAUUUCCUUGGUUAUGUAUUUAUUUAUUUUAAGUGAUGGAACAGAGCCAUAUACACAGCACUCAUACAUUAGAUUAGUGUAUGCUGUGAUUAUUUUAGUCCAUAUUUUAACUGUUAUUGUUCUGUGUUUAGCCAAUGUAGAUUAUCCAUUAGUCUAGCCAAAUGAAUCACUGUUUUCCGCAAGCAAUCAUUAGCCAACAAAAAAAUGAUUACCGGUAGAAAUGAAUGUUAUCUGUCCAAGCGAUGAGUCAGUUAUACACUUAGUGUAGAAUUGUUUACUGACGUUGAAUCUGAACACUCUUAAGACAUUAAGGUCACUGUCAUGCCAUUUACAUUAAAGGUGCAAUAUGCAGAAAUUGCUUUGCCAUUCCCUGGUUGCUAAAAUUCGAAUAGUUUGCCAAAUUUCAGUUUGUGACAAAGCAAUGUAUAGUGUAGCAUAUCAUUGUACCAUCAGUGAAAUAUAUUUUCAAUAACCAAAAAUAUUGUAUUUUCAGCUGUUUUGAAGCUGGUGUACAAAACCGAAAGUAAAAGAUGCAAAAACUAAAUUUAAUGGGAAGCAUAGAAAUAGUGCAUAUAGAACAGAUCUACUGCUUCUUAGACUUGCUUUCAAUGCUAAAGACGGAUCUAUAACUCACAUUUCUAUGUGAAUUUGGUCAGGUUGCCCAAAAAGUUACAUAUUGCAGCUUUAAGCCUUUAUAAGUUAAGCUGUUUUCAUUGUUUAACUCUUGAUAAACCUGAUGAUUUUUGUAUGCAUGCUGGGGGAAAAAAAUGCUUUUGCAGGAGGAAAUCCAAAUGCAAGAAUUGGCCAUGUGAUAUAAAAAGGAACCAAACAGAAUGUAGUAAUCUGCCAAAACUGGGCAGGGCAUUUUCACCACGCGUUGCUGAUAAAGGUGCUGUGGACUGCAGCAAGACAACCGUGCACCCUGGAUGGAAUGGGUGACGAUUUAGGAUUUGAGAUCUGUGACUGAGCACAUACAAAAUCAGCUUAGUUUUCUGCUCUUUUUCGGAAACCAACCGAAAGAGGGUCAGAGAAUGUCAUUGGGCAACACCACUCCACAGAGGACCAGACUUGGAGUGGAAAACUGGUCUUGAAGUCACCCUAAUCUAAAAAAAAACUCAUGCCCACCUCUCUCUCUCCCUGGGGAACUGGCAUUGAUGUUCUCGGUGUGCUGCUAAACUCAAUUUAGCAAAUGACAACUGAGAAAGCUCUACUGGUUGUGCCAGGGGAAAAAAAUAUUUAAAUGAGAGCAUCAGAUUGGGCAAUGCUCUGUCCACUAGUACCUAGCCACUGCUCUCAAUGCCACCUCCAACCUUGCCAUAUAUAGAGUUGAAUGGUUUCUCGCACAAUCCAGAACCGUUUCUAUCAAUGACACUGUGCACUGUUUGAUCUACCGACCACCUCAAUGCUGCAGGUCAAAUGAUCAUUUUUGUAAGAGAAGUGUCCUAUGUACCAAGUCAUAGAUGGUUGUCUGUUCUUGUUUCUUGAAAUACGAGGCCCUGUUUGUAAGUGUAGGGGCUGGUUACUGUGAUUAGGCUGUGUUAACAAUUCUCAUCAGCAUGUCAAUGGUUUACCAAAUUACUAAUCAUCUCUAUUACUAGAAUCUUUGAACCAGCUAGAAUUUCCACAAUUCUCCCAUCUUUCUCAUCUGUUGUCUUUGUUUCCCUAUUUCUAGCUUUCUUGGUUGCUCAAAAUUCUCUUUUUGUUGUGUUUUCUGUUUUUGUUCUUGUUCUUGUCCAUAAUAGACUCAACUGCUGAUGCUGGACUCUUUUACAAUCACUAUCCUCAGGUAAAUCUUUACUGGCCACUGUUAUCAGUUAUCACGCUGUUCAAUAAAUAUAUCAUUUCAACCCA